AUGAAAAAAAUAAAAUGUCAUUUUUUGUUUCUGUGUAAACUCCUUUAUCUUUUGUUCUUUGCUAUAAAAAAUGAGACUAAAAUUGUAAGCAAUGAAAGCAUACCAAAGAAAAUACAAAUUUUGCCUAUAUAUACAAAAAAAUACAACAGAGAGGAAUCAUCAAAUCUAUGUAAAAUAAGGGGUGCGUUCGAAAUAAACAAAAAUAAUAGAGGUGAUAAAUGCCGUAUCAACGCAUUCAUAAAUAGUUUAAUUGAUAUAAAACAUGGAAAAUUUUUAUCAAAAUGUGAUCACAAGAUAAUAAAAACGGAAAAGAGUAAGUACAGUAGCAUUAAUGAUAAUUAUGCUUGGAAAUAUCGGAAAAAAAAGUAUACGCUAUUUAGAAUAAAAACGAGCUACUAUGACGAUAUCAAUAAUAGUAGUAUGAGCCAUUGUUUUGACUACCCAGGUUUUGAUUUUACAAUUUUGAAGGAAAAUGACCAAGGUAGUAAUAAUGGCGAUGAAAACAAAAGUAGGUUAGGAAUAAUAAAAACUCCGCAUGGUGAAAUAGAAACCCCAAACUUUAUAUUUUGUGCUACUAAAGCAUGUAUGAAAUCGACUCCAAUAAAUUUUAUAAAAGAUUCAAAAACACAAAUAAUUUUGUCAAACACAUUUCAUUUGUUAAUUCAGCCCAAACCACAUAUAAUCUUUCAACUUGGCGGUUUGCAUAAGUUUAUGAAUUGGGAUGGCCCAAUUUUGACAGACUCGGGAGGAUAUCAACUUUUUAGUAUGACAUAUGGAUCUGUUUCAGAUGAAAUAAAAAGAAAAGCUAAAAUAAGAACUGGUAAUAGGGUAAAUAAUAAUAUGAACAAUAUGAAGGAUAAUGGAUCAAGUAAAUAUACUCAUUUAGAUGAUAUAUCCAGUACAGGAAAAAUAAAAAAUGGGGUAUCUACUAUUCCAAACAAUGGAAAUAGUAAUGUAAUUAUAAAAAUUAAUGAAAAUGGCGCAUUAUAUAAAUCUUACUUUGAUGGUUUGAUUGAUAUAUUAUCCCCAGAAAGUUCUAUCCAAGCUCAAUAUUUAUUAGGCACAGAUUUUUCAGUCGUUCUAGAUGAAUGUACCCCUUAUAAUGUUGAUAAAGAAUACACAGAAAAAUCUAUGCAUAGGUCCCAUAGAUGGUAUAUUAGAUGCUUAUUAGAGUUUUAUAGAGCUAAUAAUAUGGAAAAUUAUCAUGAUUAUUUAAACAAUAUAUAUAAUAAAAAAUAUAAAACCAAUAAAAUUUGGGAAAAACAAGAAAAAAAAAAACAAGCAUUAUAUGGAAUAAUACAAGGAGGAAUAUAUACAGAUUUACGAAAAAAAAGUUGUGAGGUAGUUUGUAAUUUACCCUUUUUCGGAUUGUGUAUAGGAGGAUGUUUAGGUAAUAACAAAGAAAUGAUGUAUAGUGUGAUUAAACAAACAAUGGAUUUUAUAAGAGAAAAUUGCAGAAAUAAUAAUAGCAAAAGAAAGAGUAAAAACAAACCUAUACAUUUAUUAGGAAUUGGGCAAAUUAAAGAUAUUUUCUAUGGAGUAAAACAGGGGAUUGAUACGUUCGAUUGUGUGAUACCAACCAGGUUAGCAAGACAUGGCUAUUUUUUGUGUAAAGUAAAAACUAUUAAUGAAGUUGAAAAAAAACUUGACAGACAAAUUAAAAAGGAAUAUCUCAAAAUAAAACUAAAUAUAUUCAAACUUGAUAAUAAUCCUUUGGAGAAAGAUUGCAACUGCUAUACUUGUACAAAUUAUACAAGAGCAUAUUUGCAUCAUCUUUUUAAAAUUGAUGAUAAUUUAUUAGGGACAUUACUAACCAUACAUAAUGUUUAUUAUAUGAAUCAUUUAAUGCAAGAUAUCCGACAAGGUAUUGCUCAAAAUAAUUUGAAUAAAGUACAGGAGAAAUGGAUACAACAAUGA